CCUGCGUUCAUGUUCUUGGUGUUUUGAUCCACAGGUGAUUUUUCAAUGCAAAUACAGGAAAGAAAUGGUCCUCCCUUCGAGAAGAGGGAAAGGAACUUACUCUCCAACAUGUUUAAAUACAUUUUCUGCAUACAAUUUCUCCUGAUUGUAAUCCUUGAGCUGUACCUCAUAGUUCGUGGUGUCAUAUCAGCUUCAGACAGCCAUCGUUUCCACCCAAAGAAAUGGUACCUUCCACUGCUCUCCUCCACAGCUUGUGCAGGAAUUGCAGGAUUUGCAUGGCAGCUGCUCACGAGCAUCAACCCUUCGCGAGCGUUCAAGGCUGCAUUUGUCAUUAGCCCUCUUGUUACCUGCGCGUAUGGGAUUUUACUCGUCUCCAUUGGAUCUAAAGGAAGUGCCGCAGCAGCUGUAUUUGCUCUAGCUUCUGCUGUCAUUCAAUCCUUGUACGCGUGCUGGGUCCAUUCCCGGUUUCAGCACGCCACUAGGAUUCUAGUACUUUCAGUGGCAUCUUCCCCUCCAAGAAUCAGAACUGCAGCGCCUCUAUUGAUAUUCAUUUGUACCUUCUAUUCCGCUUUCCUGCUGUGUGGCAUUGGGGGAGCAACUGCAAUCGGUACGAACAAGCUUAAUGUCCUGUUCAUAUUCCUGACCCUUUUAAGCCUCACGUGGACACUUCACGUAGCAAGAAACAUGAUGUUCAUCACUGUAUCACAUAUCAAGUUCAUGAGAUUUGCAAGCGGGACAGAGGCUGAGCUUAAAACAGUGAUACGAGACUCAGCUAUGAACUCGAUAGGGAGAGUGUGCUUUGGCUCAAUUCUUGUUCCGGUUCUUGGUGUUAUCCGGGGUUUGGCUCGUGCCACAGGUUUGCUUACAGGAGACGUGGAUGAGUUCAUGUUCUCGUGUGCAAAUUGCUGCACAGGAGUAGCUAAAAGGUUUGUAGUGUAUGGAAAUAGAUGGGGUUUUGUUCAUGUAGCGGUGUAUAACAAAGGAAUCGUACAAGCUUCAAAGGAUACAUGGGAGAUAUUUAACAGAACUGGAAUCGAAAUGUUGAUUGAUACAGACCUCACUAGCUCGUUCUGCUUCCUGUGUGGCAUUGCAGCCGGAUCAUUGUGCGCACUGGUGGCCGGAACUUGGGCGCUUUUUGUCCAGAAAAGCUACGCAACGGAACUGUCUUUGUACGCAUUCUUGACAGGGUACUUAUUGAAUAGAGUCGCCAUGGCAUGGAUACAAGCUAGUGUUGCAGCAUAUUACGUUGCCUAUGCAGAAAACCCACAAAACCAGCAAUUUGAUGGUACCAUACCAGAUUAUAUACAGGCACUACAGAGACUACAGAGGUAGGAUGCAUGAGAUCAUAGCCAGACAUGGAAACAAAAUUCAAGGUGUACUUUCACCACGAGCGACCAUACUUUGCUGGAACUGCAAUCAGAUGGUUAGAAUUCGAUUCCCUUUAAUUUAUCAUCUUGUACAGACAAAAGCCACUCACUAUCUUCAAUUAGUUAUAUAGAUUUAUGCUUGUGAAAUGCAAUUAGCUCCAAGUACAAGCCGACUGGUCUAGAAGUCCAUUUGAUGAAUGUGAUUCAAAUUUACAAUAGGAAAAUUUGAAUUCAGUAACAACAAAAGGAUUUCGAGGUCAUUUACUGUUUUAUGCAGAUACGGUAAGAUCAAUUCAUUUCCCUGAAAUGAUAAUUUGUUUUUCACACAAACCAGUGCCAUGCUACAAAUUUCUGCAUUCAAAAUGCUAAAUUCAAAAACCUCAAGCAACAAUCACAAUGUUUAGCUUUAGUAUUUGAUCCAGGCAGCAAGCACACCAAUAGCAUAAAAACUAGGAAUCAGCCAUAAAAAAACUCUACAAUCUCCAAAUUGUGAACAAGAAUCCCCAUUUGCCCCCACCCCCCAAAACGAGUUAAAUGAAGCAACAUCCACACACUACUCUAUACUCAAUCUGUUAUGGUGCAAUAUAUAUUACACUCAGGUGCAACAUUCACCACUCCCUUACGCACAUAGAUGAUACACAUUCAGCCACCUGAUGCACGAAGCACAGGCCAUGGAACAACAAAAGAACACCACAAGAAGAAAUAUUUUUAGUUCCGACUACACAUCAUAUACUUCAUGUCAUAUAGCUUAGCCUAUGUUGGUAUCAGAAAAACUAUCAACAGCAAAGUUUGGGCUGCAAUCAAGCAACUUUAACUUCACACAAAUGCACAUACACCUCCACAAUUGUUCAUUCUUGUUGAAACUUGAAACAAGAACAAAAUAAGAACAAUGAUAACUCAAGGAUGUACAUUGUUCGAUCUGGAAACAGAUCUACGUCCACGAAGGUAAAAGAUCGGAUGUUUAUUGAUUGAAGGUUUUGAUGGAUACAACACUCAAGAACUCUCAAGCAAUCACAUAGAAAACGAGCAAUGAAUCAAUGGAGACACUCCAAUCUAAUCUCACUCUCUUCUUUCUAAUCUUGUAAACUUGAACUUGAAGAGCUGAAAUCUACAGUUACUUUCACUCACAUAUGUUUAUCAUAAUUAACUGCUGCAUCUAAUCCGAUGAGAAAACAGAAGAAGUUUGCUUU